AGAGAAGCACAGGAAAGAUGGCGGCUGAGAAGGUGACUGUGGAGUCUGAUGCUGCUACUGACAGUGUGGACGAGGCUAAAUUACAGAUAUUAAAAGGCGGUGCUUUUCUUGCAACGGUGGGCACUGCAGGAAUGAUCGCAGGAUUCGGCUCCACGCUGGCUCUGGCUAAGAAGAAGAGUCCCGAGUGGUUUAAUAAGGGUGUGGUGGGCACAGCAGCAGUACCCGAGAGUGGAGCGUCUUUAGCCCUGCGUGCACUCGGAUGGGGUUCGCUGUACGCCUGGUGUGGGGUGGGACUCCUCUCGUUUGCAGUGUGGAAGGCUCUCGGCGUUCACAGUUUGGUGGAAUUUCGACAGAAGAUGCAGUCCAUCUUUCCCGCCAUCCCGAAAAACGAGGAGGUUCAGGCACGUGCGGAACCUUUUGACUGGGACUCGCUAAUUAAAUCCAAAUGAUGGUAACAAAAAGAAGUGAUCAGAUCAUUCAGACGGACUCGCUGCUGCUACAGGAUGAGAAUGAGGUUUCGGUUCCAUGCGGCGUUGAUCUGUCCUCAUCUCUGAUGUCGAAGGAUGAGGAUAAAACUGGCCUCGGGGCAACCCGACACACCCCUGUGAGACCAGAUUUCUGGACCUUUCAGAGCUGGGUUGCCAGUUCAUGAGACUUUUUAUUAAACUCCUUUUGUUAAUUAGCAAAAGGGCAAAAUUUUGUGAAAGCACUAGUUUCACAGUUAGAAUCCACUCUAUGGGGUUUGAUAUUUUUGGAUUGUCAGCCUGUUUAUACAGUAUGAGGAGGUAAAACUUUUCAGGUGUAGUAGGAGGAGGAGGAGUAAUCGGUCGUGUCUGAGAGACGCUUAUAGUCCGGAUUUAGCUCCAUCUAAUCUCCACCUGUUUGGAUGCUCAAAGAAGCUUUAAGGGGGGGAAGAUUUUCAUGUGAUGAUGAUGUGAAAGCAGCGGUGCAUCAGUGGCUACACGCAUUAAAAAGUUGGUACGAUGCUGGAAAAAUGCAUCAGAAGGCAACGAUGUCGAAAACUGGUGUGAUUUGUUUUUGAGAUUCCUAAUAAAUCAAGUUAAAAAGA